AUGGGCUGCGUCCUCACGACGUGCAGCGGGAGCAGCGACCCGCCGGCGAACGGCUUCCGCCAGCAGUACCUCCUCGGCGAGAAGAUCGGCGAAGGCGCCUUCAGCGUCGUGCGCAAGGCCAUCGAGAAGUCGUCCGGCAAAACGGUCGCGGUCAAAUGCUUCCGCAAGGCCAAGCUCUCGGAGCAGGAUGUCAAGGACAUUUACCUCGAGGUCGACCUCCUCAAGCAGAUGCACCACCCGCACGUGCUCAACCUCCACGCGUUCUUUGACGAGGCCGAGUACUACUACACGGUCAUGGACCUCGUCGAAGGCGGCGAGCUCUUUGAUCGCAUCGUCGAAAAGGAGUACUACACGGAGAAGGAGUGCCGGGACCUGAUCAAGAUCCUCCUCGAGACCAUCCAGUACUGCCAUGGUCUCGGCAUCGUCCAUCGCGACCUCAAGCCCGACAACAUCUUGAUGACGAGCCGGGACGACGACGCGUCGAUCAAGAUUGCUGACUUUGGCCUCGCCAAGCAAGACGCGAUGGAGAACAACAUGAUCUCGUCCUGCGGCACGCCCGAGUACAUUGCGCCCGAGAUUGCGCGCAACGUCUUCUCCAAGGAGAAGACGCCGUACGGCAAGGCGGUCGACAUUUGGUCGAUCGGCGUCAUCACCUACGUGCUGCUCUGCGGCUACACGCCCUUCCACGCCAACAACCAAGUGCAGCUCUUCCGCAAGAUCCUCAAGGGCCACGUCGAGUUCAACUCGCCGUACUGGGACGACAUCUCGGCGGACGCCAAGCACUUUGUCUCCAAGAUGCUCGUCGUCGACCCGACCAAGCGGGCGACGGCGGCGCAGCUGCUUGAAGACCCGUGGGUCGUCGGCCAAGACGUCUCGGACGCGCAGCUGCCAGGCGUCAUCAAGCGCAUGAACUCGCGCCGCCGCCUCAAGGCUGCGAUGGCCACGGUGCACAGCACGAUCGCGCUCUCCAAGGCCAUCGGCAAGGGCAGCGAGAAGGCCACGGUCGCGUAG